GCAUUAUAAAGGCACCCCCAAACCUCUUCUUUACAUCUCCUCUUUUCAGGGCUAAAUAUCAAGACAAAAAUCAAAGAAGAAAGAAAGAGGAUUGAAGAAUGGUUUUCACUGGAGUCAUCCUUUCUGCUCUGCUUAUGCUUCUGCUUUCUGACAGUGCCCAAUGCAGAAGAGUCGACUGCAAGACUGAAUGUUGUUCAUUUGUGGAAGGCUUUCCUGUGAGACUGAAGGAGCUCCGUUCUGCAUACAGAGAAAUACAGAAGUUUUAUGAGUCCAAUGAUGACUUGGAACCAUUACUGAACGAAAAAGUGCAACAUAACAUUAAUAGUCCUUAUGGAUGUCAUGUCAUGAACGAGAUUCUGCACUUUUACUUGGACACCAUUCUGCCAACAGCUGUCCAGAAGGACCACCUGCACUCCAAAGCACCAAUCAACUCUAUAGGAAAUAUAUUUCAGGAUCUCAAGCGGGAUAUACUGAAAUGUAGGAAUUACUUUUCUUGCCAAAAUCCCUUCGAGAUCUCCAGCAUAAAGAACUCAUAUGAAAAGAUGAAGGAAAAUGGCGUUUAUAAAGCCAUGGGAGAGCUUGACAUGCUUUUUAAGUACAUAGAGCAGUAUUUGGCAUCAAAGAGAGUCAAGCACUGAUAGGAUGUUACUGUGGAUUACACGGUGGCCAUGACUUGAGUCAAGUCUGAAUAAUCUGAAGAGGACCAAUGGACAGAUCAAGCACAUACUGUAGGAUAUGGCGCUAACUUCAUCCUUUAAUUCAUCGCUUGCACAUCACCAUUCCAUCACACUACUUUAUGAUGCACUGGAACGCCUUCCCAUUCGCCUUCAGUUUCUGGAUGUCACAAUGGCAAUGUUUUAGGUUGAACUAAAACCAUAAGAUUGUUUAAGUCACAUUGACUUAAAGAUUAGUUGCAUUUUGCCAACUUGCUGAUAUAACUUGAAACUAUUGUGUAAAUACUGCUAUUUAUGUCUUGGUGAUCUUUAUUUAUUUUGGUUACUUCAUCACGUGUUUCACUGUAUUGUUUGUUAUGCUUGUAUUUAAUUUUUACAAAAACAUGUUAUCAAUAAAUUAUUGCAACUCA